AUGCCGGGUGACGAGUCCUCCGGCGACAUCGGGCCAAUGAAACGAGGGCGACUCGGGUGGAUCCAGCGCGACGUAGGCUUGGACAACGCCGGUGCCGAGCGGAACAAGUACGGCUUGCCCAUUGGAGACUUUCUCUACGAACAUGCCCGGGAGAAGGCGUCCUCAUCGCAGGCUCAGGAGCCACAACCCUCCACUCCGCGCAUGGGGGAGAACUCUCGGCAGCUCUUUGAGGAGACAAAGCAGCGAACAUACAAGCAAUUGUUCGACUUGCUGACCUGCAAAGACUCUGAGGGGCAGCUACAAGCAGAGACGAUUUGUUUAGACGGCUUGGACUCCGACUUGCGAGCCUUCCUUCAGCCGAUGGUUUCAUUCUUGGACUCCAGUCAACACAGAAUGGAGUUUGAAGCCUUCUGUGCUGCACUGGACUAUCAACGUCAGCACGCUGUGAUGCCGACGGCACAUCUCUUCACGCAGAGGAACUCGAGGGGAAAGGAGAAGGCCAAUCCCGAGACGCCUGUGCCAAAGAUCGAUCAGAAUAGUGUCCGGCUGGCAUCGAAGCGCAGAUCUCGGAGUGUGCCGCUCCAUGUGCAACUCUUCCGUGAGAGAGAUGUCCGGGAUGCACGCAUGGAAGAGCGCAGGCUGCUGGCUGAAGAAGCAGAGUUGCAGGAGUGCACCUUCCGCCCGAGGGUGGGCCGCCAUAAUGGCCGGUCCUGGAGCUCCCGGAGUUUCAGACAAGACAGUCCUGGUGUCAACUCAAGCCCCAGCUCAUCUCCACAAGUUCAAUCCUUUGAGCCCAGUCGCUCCACAGGUGCGGCCCCAGCUCCGAGAACACCUCGAGGCCCCGGCGCUCCUGGGGGCCCAGGGGUCGCCACGGUCGCCGCGUCCACGCCUCGACCCGAGGGCUCGCUUGGCCUAGCCACGCCGACGUCAGGUCUGGACUCGUUGCGUGGAGAACGGUGA